UUUACAAAUAAUCACACAAGUUAUUAUUUUACUCUUAUCUUAGACCGGGCAAUAAAUAUACAUAUAAUAGUAUAUGUACACAAGGAAGCUUACAAUUAAUGAUGCAUUAAACAAUGUACGAGUGAAACACAAUUGACGAGUGUUGAGUCAGCACAAAUUAAGGCCAAAUAAAUUGCAGUUGUCAUUUUGACUGGAUUCAUACUUUUUAUAACACUAUAUGCUUUUAUGGAUUUUCCCAAUACAAUUUGCAAUCAUUCUAGAGAAAUCUUAUUUAACAUGAAAGAAGAAGCCCUCUUCUAUAUAAAGACACUGAAGGCCUACCAUUUCGUAGUACAAUUGCCUUAGGGAAUCCGCUUUCGACAAAUUUCAGAUUUCAGUCACUGCUAGCACUAAACACCUUGCCAGAGAAGACUAGUCUAAACUUGUUGCCCAGUGUUGCUUGACGCCGCAACAUAUUUGUUUCAUUUUUAAAAGCGCUAGAAGAGAAGAGCACCUUCUCGGUCUCCUAUGAUCACUUGCUUCUGUAUUUACCACUGCUCAAACUUCAAAGGAUCUAUAUAAAUCUGCACAUCAAGAACCUAGGGAAAAGAUCUUAUUCCCAAAUUGAAGAUAUUUUGGCACAUUGAAUUGACACUAUCAGAACAGAACUUUCAAUGGCUAGAACCAAAAAAAAGACCUACUCACUUAGGAAUCAUGAUGAAAAAGUAAGCUACCGAGAAUUAAGCGAUCCUGAAGGUGACUCAUUAAGUUCUGAUUCAGAUAAUUCAAGGUCCAGUCCUUCUAGACCAUCAACAAGAAGAAAAACAACAUUAUGCAGUUCAAGAGAAUUGGAGACAGAAAUGGUAAAAAGUGUGGAUUUAUUUGCAAGAGGUGGACGGGGCCAUGGACAAGGUGUUAAAACAAGAUUGAGUUCCCAAAAUGCAAUUGAGACCGAAAUAGCGGACUCAAGUGUGGAUUUCGAUGCAGGACGUCUACAAGGUCGUGGACGAGGUGGAAGGGGUCGUGGACGUGGUGGUGGACGAGGUGGAGGGGGUGGACAGGGUACACGGAGUUGCCUUUCUCAGAAGACGGCAACAAAUGUAGAACAAAAAAAGGAAAGUAGUCAUCCUGGACCCAGUUCAAUAAUGGAAAAAGGUCCAUCAUCACCGGCCACAUCCAUGAAAAGAGAUUCACCUCAACCCAAACGGUCAUGUAGAAAAACCAUUUUGUCAUGGUUGAUAGAUUGUCAACUUAUUGAUGAAGAUGAGGAAGUAUGCUAUAUGGGUUGCACAAAGGAAAGUGCACUUAUGACAGGAAGAAUUACCAGGGGUAGAAUUCUCUGCAGCUGUUGCCAGAGGGAAACAUCUGUGUGGACCUUUGAAAAGCAUGCUGGAAGUAAUCUAGGACAACCUUACCAGCAUAUUUACCUCCUUAGCAAAGGUACAUCCCUCCAGGACUGCCAGAUUGCUGCUUGGGAAGAUGCCAACGAACGAAAACGCCGCUGUAUCUAUUCAUAUGUGCCAAAAGAAACUGUUGCAGACCACGAUGAUGAUGCUUGUUCAAUUUGCGGAAAUGGGGGAGACUUAAUAUGUUGUGACAAGUGUCCCUCCGUAUAUCAUCCAUUGUGUAUGAAUAUGGAGAGAGUUCCCCGGAGGGAUUGGUUAUGUCCAUAUUGCAUAUGCAAAUACUGUGGGCUUGGUGGAGAGAUUAAGGAAUUCAUCACUUGCUCUCAAUGCGACAAAAAGUUUCAUUGGGGAUGCUUUAAAGAAUUUGAAAAAGAAUUCUCGAAAGCAACCCUAGACCUUAACUGUUCAAGAUUAUAUUGUGGGCCUGGUUGCAGAGAGAUCUAUGAGAAAAUGGAAGGCUCACUUGGAAUAAAAAAUGAUGUCUUUGCGAGCUACUCUUGGAGAGUUAUCCGCCACAUGGAUAUGAACCCCAAGGUGGCUUCUGCUUCUAGGAACCUGCAUUUAGAAAAUAAUUCUAAGGUUGCAGUUACUUGGAUGUUAAUGAAGGAAGCUGUUAAAACAAUAACUGACCGACACACGGGCAUCAAUGUGGUUCAAAGUGUAGUUUACAGUUGUGGAUCAAACUUAACCAGGAUUAAUUUUAGCCGUUUUUAUACAUUUGUCCUGGAGAAAGAUGACGAGAUCAUCGCUGCAGCUUCUAUUAGAUUUCAUGGGAGGAGGAUUGCAGAAAUGCCUUUUAUUGCCAUAGAAGAGGCAUACAGGGGCCAAGGAAUUUGUCAGGAAUUAAUGAGGGUAAUUGAAUCGUUCCUAUGCAAUCUUAAAGUUGAAUACUUGAUCAUUCCAUCUGCUCCGGAGACUUCUGGGAUGUGGAAGUGCAAGUUCAACUUCAAAGAGGUCAGCAAAGAGUUGAUGAAAGAAAUAUCAUCCAAUAAUAUUUUGAUGGUGGCGGAUGCUUUAAGACUUUACAAGGACUUAUCAUCAACAAGAAUAGCAGACAAUCAAACUGACAGUCAGAAUAGGCCGGAUCCACAGACGGAGCAUGUGGAUAGAACACCGGAACAACAAAUGGAGCGGACAGAGAGACCGCUCCUAGAUUUGAAUGUCUCCCCUGAUCGGGAAGAUAAGUAGAAUUACAGAUGGUGAAUGAUAGGUCGAUAAUCAUUGUGGCUGACUGAAUGAAAACUAUAACAGCCUCAAGUCAACCGGCCAUUGUAGUUUAUGUUGUCUGAGUGUUUCCUGAUAUUCAACCUUGAUGGAUUGUACUGAGGUUUCUAUAUUUUUUCUUUUGGUGUAGACAUUUGAAGUGUGUAUAUAUCUCUUAGAUUGCUAAGUUAGGCCUAGUUUUGAACCAAGAUUUAUUUCGUUUAAUCUAAUCAUCAUUA